AUGUACGAAAAGUGUUCAGUUAUCAAUGAAUUUAUUAAAUGCGAAUCAAAAUUACAAUUCAAAGGAGCCUUCAUAUUGAUAAUUGUUGGUUUAAUAUUGGGUUUUGUUAUAUUCAUGAUUAGAAAAUUACAUCGUCCAACAUUGAUCAAUACUAUCAUAGCUGGUAUAACUGCAAAUCUAUUAUCGUUUGGUGUUACUUUAUUUUGUGGCUUCUUUGAAUUUAAAUACGUUGUCAUGGAUGCCAUUGUAGCAUUUGUAUUGGGUAUCAUUACUAUCUUAUUAAGUAUGAAGAUAACAUCAUUUCAAAGUAGAUGGACGAUGAUCUUAUUUAUCAUAAUAUGUGGAUUACUAGUUAUAGGAAUCCUUUCUAUUGUAUUAUCUUAUUUCUAUUGUAUUUUUGAAAUUGUAUACAAUAUAUGUUGGAUUUGUUUAAUUCUAUUUGCAAUUGUUUUCACUCCAUAUUAUUUUUAUUUAAAUAAUGAAUCGACAGAAUAUUCAUCCUAUUUAAUUGGUUUUAUAAAUGUAUUCGAAAUUAUCACAUUAUAUUUGUUUGUAUUAAUCACAUCAUUGAAUAUUGGACAAACCACAUUGAAAUGUGAUUAUGGCGGCAAUGAAUGA